UGUGUAAAUUUUCCACAUCGCUAAAUUAUUACUGCACCGCGAUAUUUUAGUUUGCACGCUUGACUCGAAGUUCGAUGCUUCGUAUUUAUUCCUUUCGAUUAACGAAUUUUUGUUCUAACUCGAUUAAGUAAGAAUUCAACAUUUAUAUCGGGAGACGUCGGACGCAUUGAAAAUACACCUUCAGUGAUCACGAGCACAGGUGUACAAUUUUUAUGCUCAAUCGGUACAUGCGUCAUUAGGUGCCAUAACAGAAAAUAAUCCACAUGUUGCCUCUAUGUUUUUGUUCUGUUAUUCGAUCAGCUGAUCAGCCAUGGAGACUUCAGUCCUGAACGCGGCACACAAAAGGCAAAGAAGAGCAGAGGCAUUGCUGCAAGAAGGACGUUUCGAAGAGGCAGCCAAGUGUCAUGAAACAGUGGCCAGUCUUCUAGGAGAGGCACAUGCACAACUUGAGUCUGAUUUUUUUCAUUUGAAGACUUCCAAUUUAUCUAGUCAAAUUCAACCAACUGUGAUCACCUCUUUUCAUUCGCUCAUCACUUUGGAAUCUCUUGCACUUCAACGUGAUUAUCACAAAAGACAAGCUGCUGUAGUUAGAAUGAAACAAGCACAAUACGAAGAGUACAAAGCAACACUGGAAAACCAAAAGAGGGAAAUACUUAGUAAACAAGCACGAAAACAGAUUGAAAAAGAUACAACUGAAUUUACUAGAGAUAAGUUUGACGGAUCUCUAAGUCAAGCUAUAUAUAAAACAAUCGAAGAACAAGAUAGCCUGUUAACUCAAAUUUCACUACCAAACAGCGAAGAUAAAGUUUUCAAACAUCCGAAAGAUGCCAGCACUGUUAUAGAAGAAUUAAAAACUGUGAAUGGUCAACUUCGUUAUCUAGUUGGAAGCUUACUCAAUAAACUGGAGGCCAAAGAAGAGGAAGUAAGACAGCUGACUGAGCAACUUCAAGCUGUGACUGCAAACCCUAAUGAUGAAACUAGACUAGACAAUGCACAUUUCCUAAGACUUGCACCUUUACCCCCUUUAACCCCCCUUGAGAUGCCUCUUUUCGACUUCACGUCAACGUAAGAUAUUAUACGAUAAGCGUUUUCUAUAUUUAAAAAAAUCUUCCACCAGGUGAAACACGAAUACUGUACACAGAAAUCAGAUUGGAUCUGUAAUAGUACAAAAAUGAAUGCAGGAGUUGCGACAGUAUUCAGUUUCUCCCUGUUUAAUUACACCACAAUCGACAUUCUGUAUCUUAAGUGUAGUAUAUCUAAACCCUAACGUGUACUAGUACUUAUUCUCAUUCGUUUGGUGUUAUUCAGAGGGAUCAAAAUACAUAUCAGCUGUAGGAACGUCUUUAGCACAACGUGUAUCUCGUUCAUAUGAAUGAAACUCAU